ACAUCACCACCACUACCACCUCUCCCAACCCACCACUCACCCCCCAACACACAAUGUCCCCCCAACCCCCCGCAGUCGACAUCCUAAUCCUCGGCACCAGCUGGACAACAACCUUCCUGACGCCCCUACUCCGCGCCCAUAACAUAACCCACGCAACAACAAGCACAACCGCCCGCCCAGGCACCCUCCCCUUCCACUUCGUCCCCUCCACCCCCUCCACCGACCAGGACGACGACGAAGUCGGAUCCCAAGCCCAAUACACCGCCCUCCCCCCCGCAACCCUAAUCCUAAUCACAUUCCCCCUCACCACCGCCUCGCACACCACCCAGCUCACGCGCCACUACACAGCCACCCACCCCAGCGCAACACCGUAUUUCGUCCUCCUAGGCAGUACACGCAUCUUCACUCCCACGCCUUCUUCUCCGCUGAGCUACGACGCCUCUUCUCCCCGCGCAGUAGCCGAAGACACCCUCCUCGCGCUCUACCCCUCGCGUGCGACGGUGCUCAACCUCGCGGGUUUAUACGGCCAAAGCAGCAGACACAGCGCGCGCGAUCCGCGGUCCUGGCUGUCGCGUGUGGCGCCGGGGAAGGAGGCGUUGGGGCGAAAGGGCGCGCUGCAUUUGGUGCAUGGCGGGGAUGUAGCGCGGGGUGUGCUGGGGGGUGCAAAGGAACAGAUCUGGGGCCGGCGGUGGAUAGUCACGGACUUGCACUGGUAUGACUGGUGGGAGCUUGCGUUUGCCUGGGGGGACGGACGGCUAGAUCACGGGGCGGACGCGGGGAAAGAUGGCGACGGAGAGUAUAGAGAGUGGGUGAUGCAGUUGAUGGAGGAGCAUGGUGUGCGGGCACUGCCGCGGCCGGUGGAGGUGGUGGGCCGGGUGUUGGAUUCGCGGGCGUUUUGGCGGGCUGUUGGGAUGGUGCCGGGGCGGGGACAUGUGCUUUCUGUUGUUGGGGGGGAGGAGGAUUGGUAGGGGUUAGAUGGGAGAGGGAGACUCUAGCAUGAUCCGGCAUGAUCUAUCUAG